AUGAAGUGCUACACGCCCCGUGCAGUCAACGAGCGGGGCGCCCGACUCAUAUCCAGAGAGGCUCGAGCAAUAGUUCAGCAGUUGAAGCCUCUCAGGGAUCAAGAUAUUGCGCCUGGUGUGCCGCUGCUCUUGGACAUGUUGAUUUGCGCUAGCGACGGCUCCCGCGCCACUUCGACGAUGUGCAGUUUCACGAGGCUCAGUCAUGAAAGCGGUGUGCACCAAUCAAAAUUAUCAGAGGUGCUUGGUGCUCUUAGCAAUUGUUUCUACGAGGUUUUGAAGACGACUGCAAACACCUCCUCAGAGUUCAUGUUGCAAUCCGUCCGCACACCUGCACAUUCAGUCGGCGAUGCAGAUCCAAUGCGUACGAUACCCAUUGCCCAGUUCCGCAUGCGGAUGCACGACGGCACCAAGCACCACAUCAGGGUCGUCUCUCCGACACCGAGUACAGGGCCAGGGGCGAUCGUGGAGGCCAGCAUGAGCAAGUGCGAAGUGCACGUUGCAUCACCCAUGCGCGCGUACUGCUUGCAGCAGCACCUGGCCGACGACUCAGUCCGCACCAUGACUUUCGCAGUUCGCGAGCCCACGCUGCUGCAGAGCGGUGACGGCACAGGCGCUGAAUACAUCACCGCGUUCGUGAAUCACAUUGGAGACACAGCAUUAGAUAAUAAGUUUGACGAUACAUUUCGCCGAUCAGUGGAUUUGAUCAUUAGCGACGAAGCUGGAGCAAACAUCAGGUACGAGAACGGAGUUCGGAGCCGACACCCGGCCAGAGAUUCAUUACACCUAGUCUGCGAUGCCCACAAGAAAGCGAAGGUGGCGACAUUGGGCUCGGCUGCGCAGGGCCAGGUCAGCACUCGCAUCAUCCGCCUCCAGCUGAGCCUGCGCGGGAACACGAUGGGCCUUCGACACGCCAUGCGAGAACUCAUCAGAGAAAGGCUGGUCAUAAUCCACGGCGCCUGCAGUGACUUGGAGGCUUCUCGGCAUCGCUCCGGCGUCAUCGACGCCUUCAUGCCGAUCGAGCGCGCAGAGGACGUGCGCAUGCGAGAGGUAGUGCGCAAUCUCUUCAACGGCGACUGGCGCAGGGCUGACAGGAUCGAGCACUAUGAGAACGGAUGCUGCCGAAGUCGGGCUCAGACAUUGCGCAUCAUGAUGACCGUCGGCGCGCGGGCGCUCACGAGGCGCCUGGCCGACGUGAUGGACAGGAGCAAUUGGACGGGGUCUCAGUAUUCAGUUUGCGGGCUUGGGUUGGCAACGUUCGUGCACAACAUGUUCCCGAGUGCGUAUUCUACAUAUUUCGUUGGAGCUGCCAGUGGCGCAGCGGAUCCAGAGGAGCCAGCAGUCGAUCGGGCCGUUGAUUCUGGAGCCGACGUGGACGAGCCGAAGGACCCGAGCGUGUGGCGAGAGGAGAACAAGUCCCGACAGACGCAAACGUUGUCUUGGCUGCAGAGCGGUUGCUUCCGCGAUGACAUGUACUUGUUUUCGAGGUUGAUCGAUGGCAGCUCCAGGGAUUACCCGAUUUGGGCCGCCAGUGAUGCCAAGCAGGUUGCGAAGUUCACGAAGCAGAUGACGGCUCUCAUCUUCGACGACGGCAGUUGGCCCCUGGCGACCAUGGCGACGGAGAGUUUCCAGCUCGACGCGGACCGUGGAUGCUCGAGGCUGGCAGCGGCCGCUUACGAGCUCGUGGAGGUCAGGCACAGGAAGACCCCGUACAACACGUUCAACGUGCUGAGGGACGACGGCGCCACAGAAGAGUACCUGGCCAACACCGACGAGUGCGUCCUUGAUGCCUACACGGCGUCCUGGAAGGAGUACUACAGCUCCCGCGGUGGGAUCGGCGGCAGGAUGGCGAAGAACCUGCAGCAGAGCGAGAACAGCAAGUUUUCUUGGGGCAUCGACCUGCCAUCGAUGAGCGGCCUCGCCCUUUUCAGGCAAUACUUGAAGUGGCAGACGGCUAUAUUCCGCGGGCAGCCCAAGGCCACCGCCGAGGAGAAGAAAGUGGAGGCGCGGCGAGCCCAGCGGACGAGCAGGCCGACGCCGAUGGGGCCGUGGGUGUGGCGGGCGUUCGUGCAUAUUGAGGCGAACGGCGUGUUCGUCGACGCCGCUCUGGGGGCCGAGUUUUCUGCCAGGUACGCUGGGUUAUCCGCCGAGGAGCGGCAACCGUGCGAAGAUUUGGCAGCUGCCGCACUGCAGGACUAUCGGAAUGGGCGACCUGCAUUCGGGAAGCCGCCGCGACGGAGCUCGCCCGCGCGCGCGGCAAGGGGAAUGCCGACCGUGCGCGUGGUCGACGACGGUGCCCCCGACGGAGUCGCCCUGGCCGACGGCGAGCAGGACGCGGCGUCGUCGGUCUUCGAGAAACCCAUCUUCAAGGCUGCGACCGUCAGGCUCAUGGCGCACAAGAGGGCCGCGGCUGCCACCAUGCGUUCUGGCCAGGCGGCGGAGGCGGACCUGAGGGCACGAUCCAACGCAGAGGCGGAUCAGCAUGCCAGGGACUGGUAUUUCAUUGGGAACGAUGCUUCUGCUGCCGACGAGCGGCCCGCUGACUUAGCCAUCCAGCGCUCCUCGUUGCCGACGGCCGUGUUCAUGCGGAGGCGCGAGUCUGUGAUGUCCGAGGUCCUGAGGGCUCUCGACACCAGCAGCGUGGAGAUGGAGUCUGCCAAGUGGAUUGCCAAGCAUGCGCACGCGCGCGAGGUCGGCUGCAAGCCUUUGGACGCACCCCGUCGGCUUCGGCGCCUUUGUUGGGAAGCCGAGAGGUGCAUCUGCCAGGGGCCUGCCCAGAUCUCCAAGACCUUCAAGCGCAAGAUGACCGUCGUGUGGCGCGUGGUGGAGCACGCCGUCGGGGAGAAGCUCUUCAAGGCAACGAUGGUGGCGAACAAAUACGUGAUCAGCUUCUCGUUCAGGAAG